AUGGUGCACUCCACAAAAUUUGGAGUUGGAGCCCAUACUCCAAUCGAUCAUGUCGUAGCUCCAAACCAACCAUCAACACUCACCCUCAGCAAUGUCAACAAACAAGAACACCAGCUUGCCAAUCAAUGGCAUGGUUGUUCCUCCCGAAAUGCUGGCACAACUUCAAUUGGUGCUCGCUUUAUUCCAGGGAAGCAAUACAGGAAAUUCAUCGACAAUGGCUACAGGACUGUUGUUGGCCCCAGCCCCAGAGCUGGCCUUGACCUCCAUAACUACCGGAAUAAUGCCAUUGUUAAACUCGUUAAGCUCAGUGACCGGAGCGCCUUUGGCAAAGACUUUUGGGUUGGGGCCAGCGACAACUUCAGGGCCGUUGAUAGAUUCAGGGGCAAUGUCAGCGGUAAACACAGGAGCUUCGUUGGCGAUAACUUCAGGAGCGAGGUCAACAAUGACUCCGGGCACGCCGUUGGUGAAUUAAUACCUGGGAAGUAA